CUUUUUACACCCAUCCCUCUUGUUACACACAAUGUCAAACGUCACAUUUACAUUCAUUUUGAAAGGCGUAACAAAUGGACAACUUGCUGAGUUAAAAUCAUUACUGAAUUCACUGAAGACAACCUCCCAAGACUCAAUAAUUCACGAGCAUGAACCAAAGCAACCCGAAUUAUUAAAUGUAGACCCAAAUGAUUCUAUAAUCACCGAUUCUCUGGAAUGCGAACAAAUAGCCCCAGUUGAUAUUAAUGGCAAUCAGCAUCACUUCCCAAACGGAGAUAUCGACAAUUUUACGAUUCCCUCUAACGACAAAAUAGGCUGGAUAAUGCCUCGAAUCUCUCAUGGUCAAAAUGGUGCGACCUAUUAUUCUUGCAAAGGCGAUUUCAAAUGUAGGGAACCAGGAUGCGACUAUAGAGCAACACCCAAAGCUAAAACAAAACCAGAUGAACAACUAUAUUGCCAGCAUCACAAAUCAUCAUUGAUGAAUCAUAUUGUAUGCAAGGCGAGAUUGCAUUCAUCGCUUGUUAAUGGUCAGAUAAUAUACAAACAUAAAGGAAAUCACAAUCAUGAUAUUCCUAUCAAAUAUAAAGCCGCAAGUAACAUGGACUCUUCACCUAAACAAAUCAACUUACGGACAGAUCUAUCAGUGUCUAAUCACCAGAUAGUGCGCCCUGAGAUUGACACGGAAACAUUCGGCAUUCCUUGGGGAAUAGCUUCAACAUACAAAGCGACAAAGACUUGCGCCGUCGAUACAACAUUGAUGGCAUGGUACUUACUUCAUCACUGCAAUGGCGUCCGUAUUCCUUCUCAUUUUAGAAAUCGUCAGGUUCUUGAUACCGUUAUGGGAUUAAUUGGGAAAGAGCAAUAUAACCUUGCGCGGAUAAUUUGGUACUCAUCAUUGAACAUCGGUCCUUGCGAAAGCAAAGUGACUAAUAAUUGGAUAGCCACCCUUGAUAAAACAUUCAUUGAGCAAUUCCCAGAACUCACCUCCACUCAUAUCACGACAACUUCAACUUGCUCUUCGAUUCAUUGUCCUCAAAAAACGAAAUCAGAAUCCAGUGUACAUCCUAUCUUCAUGAUCCAAGACCCAACAACUAUUUCUCAACAAACAUUUGAUGAGAGCUUAAAAAAGGACAGCUAUACUUGCGACCAAUCCAUCCCUGAAAAAUCUAUAAAAAAAUAUUGUUCGAAUCCUUUUCUACACCAAUCCAUUCACGACAUUGAGACGGGUGAGACUCGAAACUGGUUCUGCUGCAAUGGAAAAAGGACGGAGAAGAGCGUUAUAAAAAAACCUCCGUGCUUGCUGGUUUUAGGAAAUUCUCAUUCUUUUCCCAAGCUUAAACGCCCUGCACAAACUCUAAGCAUCAAUGGAGCUAAUUAUGACCUUGGAGUAAUUUUCUUUGCAGAUGAUUCGAAAACGUUGAGACACUUCUCGUGUUCCGUAUUUAAUAGAGAGACGUCUUAUGGAUACUACUAUGAUGGUGUCCUUAAAGGGCAGGUGCUACAUAAUCUUUCCAAGUCAAGCAUUCUCCCUUCGGUUAUCUCCAAAAAAGAAAGGAGUUCUAUCAGUAUUUGUCAAGUUUGGUAUUACGCUAGGGACUCAGAAGAGAGAAUAGAGAAUGAGCAAGCCUAUACAGGAAAAAGACAGUAUGAAGAUCCAGCCCUCAACACCCCAAACAAAAGGCAACAACUUAACUUAAGAAAUUAGCCCCCUGCACACUUUUACAUUUAAUGAGCUGGAGACCGUGGAGAAACUACAAUCUGCUCUUAUGUCGUCAGAAAAUUUAAUGCUUUGUCUCGUGAG